CUUUGCUUCAGGUGGCGUUGCUCUAUCGUCCCCAAGAAAAUCGCUCUUUUUUACUCCUUUUUCGACUAAAUUUUACGAGAUUAAAAAAAAAAAAAUCACCUAAAUUUCGGACAAUAAGUUCUAGAUGAUUCGAUGUUUUUCAGACAUGGAGCGAAAAACCCUAGCGAUUACGCCUCCGCUUCUACUUACGUCUUUCUUAUUCCAUCUUCGAGGAGCAGCAUUUGGUUCAUCAAAGGCGUUUCAUUGUCUUCUGCUUCUCUCAUGUCUAUUGCUUUCCUCGGUCAAUACAUUGCAUAACUUGGCUGAAUAUGACUCUCGUGGUUCCAGUGGCUACAACACUGCUGCUUCUAAAGGGUUUCAGAGCUUUAAUGGUGGAGAUCCCGAGAAUGUAGCAAUCCAGAAUGUUAAUCCCAGCUCACACUUGUUCUCUUUCCUUUCAGCUAAAAGAUCAGAGAAUCAGUUUGAUGCCAUUGUCCCCUUCUCUUGCCCCAGAAAAGCAUGGAGUAACAACAAUCUAUCUGGUGUUGUGUGGCUAUCUCUAAAGCCUGUCCACAUUAUAGAAUUUCAGCCUUUUACUGGAUUCUUUCGCAUAGGAGACACCACUUGUUACAAACCUUUUUCUAAAGAGCUCUAUGCUAAGAGAGAGUCAAGUGUUUCGGUUUCGAGAAAUGCUUUUAUGGAGCAGAAACAGUGUGAAGGGUUUUGGUUAGAACCUGGGGGUUCCAUCAAGUUUCUGUUUUUCUACCAGACCGAACUCUCUUGGGGAUCUGGAGUUGCUGUUUUCGCAGUCCCGAUGAAGGCGACAGCGCCUGUGUUGAUGCUCAAUCUUUGCAAAAAACCAGUCUUUUGGGUGCGGACGAAGAAAUUCUCGGUUGCGCUUCUUAUUGCUGCUGCUUUACUCAUUCUGAUGUUUUGCUUCAACGAUCACUUGGUCUACGAGAACAGUGAGCGAAACAACUGCAGCCACAUUGCGGUUAGAAAAGUUGAGAAGCCAUCUACGAUCACAAUCUCCCCAGAAAUGGAUUCUCUCCUAAGAUCCAUUAGCAAAGAGACGACCUUGCAAGGGGGCUCCAAUGAGCUUUCCGAGAACGAUAUGAAGCCAACUGCUUCUCUUUCUUCUUCUUCUUCUUCUUCUUCUUCUUGCCAAGCAGAAACGUCAGAAGCUGUGAAUCUCACUGUAAAGACAGCGAAGAGACGGCGUAACAAGAAGAAGAAGAAAGGAGCAAUCAGCGGAUUAACAUCCGAGCGCAACGAUGUCUCAAGCAGUCACAGCGGAAACUCAACUCCGAGCUCUCCAAUGUCACCAGAACCACCGAUUACUCGAGCCACAGCGAAGCAAGGAAAGCCUCCUAAACCGGUCCUAUCACACUCAGCAACGUUUCCUGUUUCAGGGGUCAAGUCAGUGAUCAUACAACGAAGCUAUCUGGCUCCAAAUGUGAGAGCUCCUGGGUCGAAAUCAAGAACCGAACUGAAAGAAGAGAAGGCCAAAGAGUACAGGUACGAUAUCUGGGGAGAUCACUUGACAGGGCUUCAUUUGAUGGAUAGGUUUAAGGAAGUGAGAGAAGGUAAAUGCAGCUCAGGCUUUGGUGAAAAUGAGUCUCAGAGUUUUUUUGUUAAGGGUCCUCAGAAGUUGUUAGCAGAUUCUCAUGCCAUCUUUGCAAGUUUCUGCGACCAAUGGGGCUCAUAAAAAAAUAAAAUAAUAAAAAAAUAAAAAUUAUAUAAUAAU